GGAGAAAAGCCAAGGAACUGACAGGUCAGACGGCGACCUGACAUUACUUAUUUCUCUGCCUUUGGAAUAAGGCUGGAAUUCAAUUGUGAUUGUUCGUCUUUCCCUCGCUUUUCCUUCGCACUCUAUCCGAGUCUCACAUCAUCUUCCCGUGCCGUUGCCGUCCCAAAAUCAUUAUGGCCGCCCGCAAAACGAGGAUUCUCUGCCUUCACGGCAUGGGCACCAGCGGCUCCAUCUUCAACUCCCAGACAUCGUCAUUCCGCCCUCUCCUCUCCGACCUUGACAUCGAAUUCAACUUCAUCGAUGCCCCGUAUCUCUCCGCCCCCGCGCCAGGCGUCGACCUGUUCUUCGACCCUCCAUACUACUGUUUCUGGCCAGAGGCUACCGUCGAAGCCGUCCGAGCAGCCCGCACGUGGCUGAAUGACCUCGUCGCCCGAACGGGCCCCUACGACGCCGUCAUGAUGUUCUCUCAAGGCUGCUCCCUCGGCGCGAGUGCUUUCCUCCUACAUCAGGCUGAGACGCCCCACCUCCCGCCCCCAUUCAAGGCAGCCAUAUUCAUCUGCGGUGGUGCACCCCUGCCGACCCUCGAGAGCCUGGGGUUCGAGAUUCCCCAGUCUGUCUGGGACCGGGAGCGGGCGUCUCGCAAAGAGCUCGCGGAACAGGCGGAUUCCGCUGCGAUUCUGGCGCGCGGUGCAGCGCGGUGGGCGGGAACGGACGACUCCUCGGUUAUUUCGGAGGAGGAGACUCGCAAGGAGAUUCAGGGGCCUUAUAAGAUCCCCGUGCCUACGGUUCAUAUUUACGGGUCCAAGGAUCCGCGGUAUGUCGCGGGGAUUCAUUUGUCGGGGCUCUGCGAUGCAAGCAAGAGAAAGACUUAUAAUCACGGCGGGGGGCAUGAUAUUCCCCGGAAGACAGACGUGAGUCAGACGAUUGCGGAUUUGGUGCGAUGGGUGUUGGCGGAGGCUGGCGUUGUUUCGACUGCCAAAUAA